AUGUACUGAGCGUUUGUUUCCGCGGGAGAGUACAGCGGUGAACACCAGCAGUUUCCGUUUGGUAACGGUCUGCUUAGUUGUGUAUCUUAUGAGUGUUUAUUAAACUAAACGUGUUUGUUUAUUAGAGAGUUGUUUUUGUGUACACACUCUACAAAUAAAAAUAUCAGGAAAGUGGAGGGAAACGACAAGCGCGUGAGAUGAAAUGACAACGUCAACACUGCAGAAAGCGAUUGAGUUGGUGACUAAAGCCACAGAGGAGGACAAGGCCAAGAACUACGAGGAGGCGUUGAGAUUGUACCAGCAUGCUGUGGAGUAUUUCCUACACGCUAUCAAGUAUGAAGCCCAUAGCGACAAGGCUAAAGAAAGCAUCCGUGGGAAGUGUAUGCAGUAUCUGGACAGAGCAGAGAAACUCAAGGACUACCUGAAAAACAAAGACAAACAGAGCAAAAAGCCAGUAAAGGAGACGCAAAGCAAUGACAAAAGUGAUAGCGACAGCGAAGGAGAAAAUCCAGAGAAGAAGAAACUUCAAGAGCAUCUGAUGGGUGCUAUCGUGAUGGAGAAACCUAAUGUAAGGUGGAGUGAUGUAGCCGGACUCGAGGGAGCGAAAGAAGCCCUGAAGGAAGCCGUAAUUCUGCCUAUUAAAUUCCCCCACCUGUUCACAGGCAAGCGCACUCCAUGGAGGGGCAUUCUUCUGUUCGGACCUCCGGGCACAGGAAAGUCUUACCUGGCCAAAGCGGUCGCCACCGAGGCCAAUAACUCCACCUUCUUUUCCGUGUCAUCAUCUGACCUCGUGUCGAAGUGGCUGGGCGAAAGUGAAAAACUGGUGAAGAAUCUGUUCGAUCUGGCUCGCCAGCAUAAGCCCUCCAUCAUCUUCAUAGACGAGGUGGAUUCUCUCUGUGGAUCCAGGAACGAGAACGAAAGCGAAGCUGCUCGGAGAAUCAAAACAGAGUUUCUGGUGCAGAUGCAGGGUGUUGGUAAUAGUAGUGAAGGGAUCUUGGUUCUGGGUGCCACUAACAUUCCCUGGGUCCUUGAUGCUGCUAUUCGCAGAAGGUUUGAGAAGCGUAUUUACAUCCCACUGCCGGAGGAACCGGCACGGGCGGCCAUGUUUCGCCUGCAUCUGGGUAACACACCUCACAGUCUGACAGAGUCCGACCUGCGACAGCUGGCCCGUAAGACAGACGGAUACUCUGGAGCUGACAUCAGCGUCAUAGUACGAGACGCUCUCAUGCAACCCGUCAGGAAAGUGCAGUCCGCUACACAUUUCAAAAAGGCACGAGGACCGUCUCGCAGUAACAGUUCACUGAUGGUGGAUGACCUCCUAACGCCCUGCUCGCCCGGUGACCCUGAUGCCAUAGAGAUGACCUGGAUGGAUGUACCUAGUGACAAACUACUAGAACCUAUAGUGUGCAUGUCUGAUAUGCUGCGCUCUCUGACGACCACGCGGCCCACCGUCAACACAGAAGACCUGAUGAAGGUCAAGAAGUUCACAGAGGAUUUCGGACAGGAAGGCUGACCCACAUUCGUUCAUUCAUAUGUAGCUGUCUUAACUGAUCCAGGACUUUGUGCUUUAAAAGUGGCAUCAGCAUGUUAUCUUAUCAAACGUCUCUAAACGCCCAUCACUACAGAGUUUUAAGUGUCUGGAAAGACAGGAAAGUGCUUGCGAGAGCAUAAACUAAUGAAGCUUGUUGUGUAUUCAGACUGAAGUACAGCUCACAAUAAUCACAUCAGUAUUUAUUUCAAGUUCAUAUUAUUUCGAAUUGUUAAGGUUUUGUGAAGAUGUGCUUGUGAAAUAGUGACUGAGCUUUAUUUAUAUCUAUCGUGUCCAGCACUUUAUCAGAUGAACUUGGCCUGCUGAAAUCAUCUCAACGUAAUGUUUGUCUCAUAUUACCUUUCCUAAUAAGUGCUUGGUUAUGUAUACAUGUAUAUGCAUAUGUAUAUACAUGAUUUUGUGAGUGAAAUAUGAUUGACAUUCAUUUUCUUGACAGUGUUUCGUGUCUACAUUUCACAUGAGGACUUGUUUAACAUUACUGAUGAAGCAGAAAUGAUCCCAUGACAAGGCAGCACAGCAUGGUUUGUCUCUGUUAUAUUAAACUGAGUUAUUCUGAAACGUGGCAGUUUUCUCUACUCCGGUUUUCGCUUAGAAGAUUAGCUCUCAUUCAUUUUUUAAGCCAUCAGUCUAUUCUAUCACGUAACAUUUACAUCUAUGAAAUAUCAGAUUUAAAGUGUACGCUAACAUUCACAGCAAAUUAGAGCAUGGCUGACAACCAGAAAAAUUGACUCUUCAUUUAAGAAAAAGACAGAUGGUGUCUGUAUUCUGUUAUGAAAAAGAUUUGUAUUAUUAAAUUCAGUUAUUUAUCGGUCAUAAGAAUUGCAUCUGAUGUUGACAAUUUCUGAUAUUCACACAGCAAGAACAUCAACUGCACAUGUACUGUUGCUUAUGAGGAUCAUCUGAUCAAGUGUCAAUAAAAUAUUUUAAGGAAACUUUUCAAGUUUAUCAGUUAGGACCACAAAUAUUAUAGCAAGAGUCUAGUUAUUGUUAAUAGGUUAAAGGCGGGGUGCAUGAUUUUUUUAAAGAAAUGCUUUGGAAAAGAGAGUCAGGAAGAUUACCAAAACUCACUUGUAGCCAAUCAGCAGUAAGGGGCGUGUCUACUAACAACAUCGUUGCCUGGGUUGCGUAUGUGUGGGGCGGGUCUAUCAAAAGAAGGUCCAGAUUCUAUUGUGUUUGUUUAGGUAAU